AUGGCAAUCAGGCAGAAGCCGGACGAGUCCCUGAGGAACUUCAUGACCCGCUUCAACACGGAGAGCUUGCAGAUCAGGGACAAGGAUGAAAAUGUGGUCAUGGCCGCCAUCAUGAACGAGCUCAGGGUGGAAGAGCUCUUUCUCAAGCUCGCCGAGAAGCCUCCCGGAGACCUGGAAGAGCUCUUGACUAGGGCACACGCAGCCGCUAAUGCGGAGGAGGCUGCUCGCCUGAAGAGAGAGUCAGAUCGGGAGAUCGAAGAUAGGAGAGGAUGGGUAAACCCGCCCGGGAAUAAGGACGGCCCGGCCAAGAAGAAUGUUUUCGACCGGCUCUCAAAGGAUAAGGCCCCCGGUCAACCGCCGCUUCCAGAAAAAGGCUACAACCCCCUAACUCGGCCCAGAGCCCAAGUUCUGGCCGUUAUGGAGGUGGAGGGCCUAGUGGGGUGGCCGCCUAAGAUGGGGACACCCCGGAACAAGAGGAACCAGGACCGGUACUGUGCCUUCCACCGUGAUGUCGGGCAUGAUACGGAGGGGUGCCGGGCCCUGCGAAAGGAGAUAGAGGAUCUGAUCCAGCACGGCUUCUUGGGGCGAUUCGUGCAGCAAGGUCGACCAGGCCAGGAGCCUGGACGCACCUACCGCGGAGACAGGGGCGAGGGCCAGCUUCGUGGCCGCCCUGAGCGGCGUGACGUCCCUUGGGACCAUUCCCCCGACCAGGACACCCAGAACUUGACAGGGGUAAUAAACACAAUCGCUGGGGGCCCCACGGGAGGGGACAGCCAUGCGGCCCGGAAGAACAGGCGACUUCUUUCGGAGGGGAAUGACUCCUUGAAGCGCCUGCGUAUGGACGAAGAGAUCACCUUCGGACCAAGGGACGCGGUUCCUCUGGCGUCUGGAAACCACGAGGCCAUCGUGAUAGACGUCGUGACCAAUAACUACCGGGUGAAGAAAGUGUACGUCGACCAGGGGAGCGCGGUGGACAUCCUGUUUUACCGGGUGUUCAAGGAGCUCGGAUUGGAGGACGGACAGCUAACCCCGGUUCGGACACCCCUUGUGGGUUUCACCGGACCGCCCAUCACUCCGGAGGGGAUGAUCACCCUGAUGGUUACGGUAGGGCAGGCGCCCAAAUGCCGGACUAUCCCCGUCAACUUCGUGGUGGUCAAACAACAAUCCCCGUACAACGUGUUCUUGGGACGGCCCGCCUUGAAUGCCUUUCGAGCUAUCCCCUCGUCUCUCCACCUCAGCGUCAAAUUUUCCACCCCGGGAGGAAUAGCUGAGGUGCAUGGGGAUCCAGAGGUGGCCAGAACUUGCUACUUGGCCGUGCUCUGGGGACAUGAGAAGGUGAUCGCCCAGACGACCACUUUAGAGCCUUACAUCCCGGGGGAAGAGGCCCGGCAGCUGGGCACCCAGGACCAGAUCGAGGAGUUCCCAUUGAGAGAGGACAGGCCUGACCAGGUCCUCCGCGACGGUGCGUCGCUACCCCCCGAAGAGAAGGAGGGCUUGAAGGCCCUACUAAGGGAGUACGCCCAGGUCUUCGCGUGGACGGUGGAGGACAUGCCUGGGAUUCUGACUGAUCUGGCCGUCCACCACCUCAACGUAGACCCCCGCUUCAAGCCAGUGAAGCAGAAGAAGAGGAGUUUCGUCCCAGAGAGGAAUGAGGUGAUCAGGAAGGAGGUCAGCAAGUUGUUGAAAUCCAAAAUCAUCUUGGAGGUGUACUAA